AUGGCAUCAAUCAUUGAAGAUUUAGUUAUGGGAGAGUUUAUGCAGAUGACGGAGAAACCAGCAGCAAACGAAGAUCGGAUGCAGCAGUACUUACAGAAAACGUUCAAGAAGACCGCUAGUCUUUUCGCGAACAGUUGCAAAAGUGUGGCUCUGCUUGCGGAAGGCAGUGCUGAAUUGCAAUGGCGGGCAUCUGAAUACGGCCGACAUCUUGGCAUUGCUUUCCAGCUGGUUGAUGACCUACUGGACUUCAUAGCUUCAGCUGAUAUGAUCGGAAAGCCUGUUGCGGCAGAUCUUAAGCUGGGUCUCUCAACUGGUCCUGUAAUCUUGGCAGCUCAACAAUAUCCGGAAUUAAACGUGCUUAUGGCGAGAAAGUUUGCUGAGCGGGGAGACGUGGAUAGGGCCAGGGACAUCGUGUUGAAUUCGAAUGGUAUCGAACGAACGCGGAGUUUGGCUCGGCAACACUCACAGGAUGCCGCACGAAUAGUAAGCUUUUACAGCUGGUCUUGA